AUGGCUCCAAAGCUUGAAGAUCCUGGUGCCUUUAAAAUUCCAUGCACCAUUGGUAGAGCCGAUUUUGCAAAAGCCUUGUGUGAUCUGGGAUCAAGUAUUAAUUUGAUGCCAUAUUCCGUGUUCAAGACACUAGGUAUUGGGAAACCAAGAGCUACUUCCAUGAGAUUACAAAUGGCGGAUCGGAUAAUGAAAAGGCCGCUUGGUAUUAUUGAUGAUGUUCUAGUCCGGGUCGACAUUGGUGGUGGAAGCAGGGGAGCUCACCUUUCGAAUUUGCCCAACAAUGAGGCAUGGAGUGUGGUGGCGUUCCUAAAGAAAAUUAUCUUCACACAGUUUGGCACACCUCGGGCAAUCAUCAGUGAUGAGGGUUCUCAUUUCUGCAAUAAGGCUUUCGGCACUUUGCUUUCCAAGUAUGGUGUCAAUCAUAAGGUGUCAACCCCUUAUCAUCCCCAGGCUAGUGGACAAAUUAAGGAAUUGUUUAUGCAGUACAGGAUUGUUGCUGGAAAUAUCUGCCUAAGAAUGGGGAAUUACGCGGACCGCGCUCAAAAUUUCGCGGUCAGCGAGAACUUUUCACGGGGGCAUAUAUUGUCAGCGGAUGCGGAUUUGAAAAGUCCAGAAUAG